CCAGUCUUAUUUACCCUGCAAGAUUCCCUGGACUCCUGCAGAGCUGAAAUCAAUGAAACCAUCAUCUGUACCAAAGACCUGAUUGAGGUGGAGAUUCCAAGUAAAUUCUUUCUAACAAAGAACCCUCCAAUCCUAAUCUCUGAUUUACACCUCAAUGACCCAGAAUGCCAUGGCACUGAGACAGGAAGCUUCUACGUAUUCAGCAUUAAAACCAAUUUCACAGACUGUGGGACUAGAAUGGCUUCUGAUGGUGCACACAUUGUUUUCAUCAACACUAUACAAAGCAACUUCUCUGAUAUAAUUACAAGGACCUUUAUCAAUAUCACAUUUGCUUGCCGAUACCCUGUUAAUUACAUGGUACAACAGCCUAAGGGAGAGAAUAAAAUCAGUGUUGACAUCAGAACCAUUACACUGAACACAGAAGAUGGGAAUUUUUCUGUCUCAAUGUUGCUGUACAAGGACCCAAAUUUUGAGGAUAUGUGGACUACCGUUCCCUUUCUAACCCUAGAGGAUAACAUCUUUGUCAAAGUCAAUAUGGUCCCAAGUCAUUUAAUAAUCCAACUUGAAAACUGCUGGUCUACACCAACGAAGGAUCCUUCUCAUGCUGUUCAAUAUUCCUUUAUAGAAGAUAGCUGCCCCCAAGUUGUCAAAGAUGAAACACUGUCAGUAAUAAUGAAUGGUGGAGGUGCAGAAGCAAUGUUUAGGAUCCAGAUGUUCAAGUUUGUUGGCAUCUCUUACAAUGACAUUUUCCUACACUGCACAGUUCAGAUUUGUCACAGUACAGCAGCUGUUUGCAAGCCAAACUGUAGUAAUUAUGGAAGAAUAACGAGGAAUAAAAGAGAAACCACACCAUUUCCUACUCACACAGUCUCUUUUGGUCCCAUCAAGCGAAAGCUGGCAGAUGAUGGAGAAACUAAGAUAAAUAAAGGAAAACUUCCACCAGUUGAAACCUUGAUCCUUGGAGCAUUGCUAAUGGCAUUUUUAGUUAUAACUGGAGUCUUUGGAACACUUUUGCUUCAGUCAAGAAGAGCAUAUCCUCCUAUGCAAGCUCAGCUGACUAUGUCACAUUUUCAGAACUCAGAAGUAGCAUCAUGAUUAGCUGAUUCCCGCAUCUUACAAUAUUUGAUCCGAGUCACAGCAAAGGUCAUGAGGCCUAAUAGGGUGCCGAUCUCAGAUUAACAUUUAUUUUAUACAUGUUUAUGAUUUUUAUUUUUGAUUCAAUUGAAGGCCACAGAUUAAUGAGGUUACACUUUUCUGUUCAGCAUAAUAAACAGUACUGUUUAUUAUGGAUUGGUAAAAUAAUGCAUGCUGAGAACUUAUGUUUUCUGGAGUAUUUUAAUUUACCACAGACUUGUCAUUUUCCCCAACCUAAAAAACCCUCCUACUCCACCAAAAAAGGCCACUCCAAUUGUUUUGGCAUAAUCACCAAUGGGCUAGUGCCUCAAAGAAUAAAUUUGUUAGUCUCUAAGGUGCCACAAGUACUCCUGUUCUUCUUUCUGACUGAAGUUGAUUCUGAGUCACUGGUAGAAGUCAUGGAACGGACACUUAAACUACUACUGUUUCAGUGACUAUGAUGGUAUCAAAAGUACAAUUUGCAGGAUCAUCAAAGUCAUCAAUGUUCUACUCUUCCAAUUCAAUAGACAAGUUUUAUUCAUUGGCACAUUUUAUUUUGAAGUACAUGAAGAAACUAAAUUUCUGCAUUCUUUGAGAUGAGCAUUAAUCCUUUGUAUCUUGCUACUUGACAGACUCAAGAGAUAUGGUUACUUCAUGAUCAAAAUUAGUAGUCUAGACCUAAUCCCAUCCCUGUAACAAUGUUAAAACACUGGACAGGCCAUGAUUUGCUAUAGAAACCCAGUUGGCAGUUUGCUGUCUACAUUAAAAGUUUUAACUAUUAUAACUGGGUAUGGGAAUAAUUGUGUUGAAAGCAGGGACCUUGACUCAGUCAUAAUGGUAAUGUAGAAGAGGGUUAAAAUACCAUUUUUUCCUAUAAGCAAACAGGUCUUUCAUGAUUAAAGGCAGAAUGCAUUGAGGCAACAGUAAGAGAAAUCUAACAGGUCAUGAGAGCGUCUCAAACCACUUCUCUUAUAAUGUCAGUAUGCCAAAUGCUGUGAGGCUUAGUAUUAGUAUUGUUGCUAUCCUAUGACAUUACAAAAUGAACCCCCAUUUUACUGUUUGAUGUUUUUAAUAAUCCUUGCUGGAAAGGAUUAUGAAGUGCCACCAUGUGGGAUUUAAAAAAAAUGUGGGGAAGGGGCAAAUCUUCCAGUGUGCCUUUGUUUGAAAAGUUGGCCCUCGAUGUGUAUUUUGAACUUGGUAUGAGGUCUCUGUUGUUUAUAUAUAUUCCUCUCUGAGAUCUGUGCAUACAAACAGUGGAAUUUGCAUGUACCGAUCUGCAGGCAGAAUUCGAUACCAAAACUUUUAAUUUUUACAUCCUGCUAAAUAGAAAUGCUUACAUACUUGUAAAUCUGUUGUAAAUGUAUGUUGAAAGCAUUUGUACUUAUUUUCAUAUUUACAGUACUCACCAAAACUUUAAAUAUUUUUGGUGUAUACACAAUUCCCAUGCACAACUUCUUGCAAGAUAAAAACUAUUCUGAACUUGUGUAUUUAUAUCUACUUGCAACUUGAGAUAGAGUUUUAAAAUUUAUGGGAACAAUUGACAUGUAAGAAGACUGGUUCUUGGCAAAUAAUUUGAACCUAUUUGUAGACUUGGAAACUUCUAACAUUUUACUCACAAUUACUAAUUUGCAGGAGUUUCUCAGAGCCUGCACACACAACUGAACAGCUUGACACUUGAUCAGAGUUUUUAUUUCAGACUUGUAGAAAGAACUGGAUGGCAUUUGGCCUGAGACUCAAUUAGAUUUUGCAUAAUUCACACCCCAACCUCCCACUGACUUUAAUAGGAGUUCCACAUGCAAAACAAUACUGGCGUAAACAUAGAUACACAGUUUCCCUUUAUAAGUAACCAGAAUGAAGUUUCAUUCAUUUUGGACCUGAGCCAGCAGAAAAUUGCCUCCACAGUUGCUUACUCACAGAACCCUCACGGGCCUUUUGGACCAUGAAGCAGUGGUGUCCACUGCAUACUGUGCUGACAGAGUACCACCUCUUCUUUAGUAACCACAGAAUGCCAACUGUGUGAGUCCACCCAGCCUGAUCACCCUAAAUGGCAGCCAUGCUCAUGGAAAUUAUGUUGAUUGGUGGAGUGAAGGACGAGAGCUCACUGUGUAUGAGCAAGUCUACUAAUGUAUUGAUACAAGGGUGGAUUCUCCCCUCGGGGACUUAACAUCUACGGGUGAGAUCAGCCAAGGGCAUGAACAAAAAAGUCCAUGUACUUGAAAAUUAUUCUCCCUACUCAAAAAAAGUAAUUAGAAUAAGGAGGCCCACUAUCACAAUAAAAGUCCUGCCAUAGCACACUGGAAAUUGGAAGCAUAAGUUCUGUACACCAGUGUUUUUCAAGCUGUGGUCUGUGGAGGCCUGAGGGUCUACAGACUUUGUCUAAGAGGUUCGCAAAAAGUUGUUCCCAUGUAACAGUGGUUUUCAACCUGGUGUCUGCAGUCUAUGUCCAGGAUUUCAAAAGUGGGCUGCAACUCCAUUUGAAAUUUUU